UCUAACUGUGUUCAAUCCAUCCUGGCAGUCUGAAGAUGGGCUGCAGACGCACAGACUGCCUCUCAAGGCCUCUAUCGGGCCUGUUUGAAAAACUCGGAUCACUUGUGGGCUCCUUUCCUUUUUAUUUUUUUGUAAUUCCUCUCAUUCUAACGGCAGCACUGAGCGGAGGCCUCACUUUUAUCAAAGACAGGCAGGACAAUGAUCUCGAGCGGCAAUACACUCCCAGGAAAGGACCCUCGAAGGUUACGAGAGCUUUGAUCAUGGAGAACUUCCCUCGCAAUGAUUCUAUGUUUUCAGAAGACAGGUUGUACAACCAGGGCAACUUUGCUUCCCUCAUCGCUGUAGCAACUAACGGGGGAAAUAUACUAGACAAUCCUGCCUUCGAGGAAGUCAUCAAUCUCAACGGUGAGGUCCUCGACGUCGCCGUGCACAACGGGAGCCUUGGAUACAACGAGCUGUGCGCGGAAGCAUACGGCGAGUGUGUCUCGAACACCGUCCUGGAGAUUCUUCAGUCCAAAGACGAAAUCGGCCUCAGCUUCCCGUUCCACCCGUCCAGAUCCGGUCCAGUAUUUCUGGGCUCUGUGCUCGGUGAGGUUGUGACGAACGAAAAUGGCUCGGUCAUAAGCGCCCAGGCCGUAAAACUCGCCUACUACUUAGAAGAUAACGAGCGCACAGCUGAUGCCGCAAAGUUAUGGCUGUUGGGAUUUAAAAAACUCUUAUUUGAUCGGCCGGACAGCAAACAUAUUGUGGUGUCUUACUACACCUCCAAAUCCAAGCAGGAGGAGAUUGACAGUCACACCACAGAUGGCGUCCCUUUAUUCCUCAUCACUUAUGCCUGUGCUAUCACCUUCUCCGUGAUAUCCUGCCUGAGAUUGGACAAUGUGAGGAACAAAGUGUGGGUGGCUGUCUUUGGCGUCUUCUCCUCUGGUCUGGCUAUUAUCUCCUCGUUUGGCUUGCUGCUUUACCUUGGAGUGCCGUUUGUGAUAACAGUAGCAAAUUCUCCUUUCCUGAUACUCGGAAUCGGCCUCAACAACAUGUUCAUAUUGGUGUCCGACUGGCAGCACACCAAAGUUAAAGACUCAGUGCCUCAUCGAAUGGCUCACUCUUACAAAGAGGCCGCCAUGUCCAUCACCAUCACCGCCGUGACCGACCUCUUCAAGUUCUCCAUCGGCGUCACCUCCGACUUCCCAGCAGUGCAGUCGUUCUGCGUGUACACCAGCGUCUCCAUCGCCUUCUGCUACUUCUACACCAUCACCUUCUUCGGAUCCUUCCUGGCUCUGAACGGGAGGCGAGAAGCCGACAACCGGCACUGGCUGACCUGCGCGAAAAUACCAUCAGACACGCUCGACGAUCGCUCUGAUUCAUAUAACAUCUGCUGUGUGGGAGGCGGCUACGAUCCCAACACUGAAACAGAGAAAAAACAACCAGCGAGUCGUUUCUUUAAGGAGUACUACGGCCCGUUUUUGAUGAAACCGUGGGUCAAGGGAGCCGUAAUCUUCCUCUUUGUAGCAUACUUAGCUGCAAGUAUUUAUGGCUGUUUUCAUGUACAACAGGGGAUUGAGCUCUAUGAUCUGGCAGCGGAUAACUCCCACGUUACAACAUUCAACAUUAAGGAUCGGCAGUAUUUUUCUGCUUAUGGUCCGACUGUAAUGGUUAUUGUAAGUGAGGAAUUCCCAUAUUGGAAUGAAGACAAGAGGCAACAACUUCAGGGCUGCUUAGAGGCCUUUAGAGGGCUUCGGUUUGUAAAUAAAGACAUAUUUACAUCCUGGCUUGACUCGUAUUACGUAUAUGGAGAAAAGUCAAAUCUAAACCUUGAUGAAAAAGAUGUUUUCCUCAAAAAUCUUUCAAAUUUCUUUGAUUUAUUCCCGUUGUUCAAGCAAGAUGUGAACCUCACUGGAGCCACCAUCGCCGCAUCGCGCUUCUUCGUCCAGACAGUUGACAUUUCCAGUGGCAGCAUGGAAAUGCAGAUGUUGAACGGCCUUACAAGCACCGCAGAAAAAUGCAAUGCAGCGUCUUUGUUAGUCUACAACCAGAAAUUCAUCUUCUACGACCAGUAUGACGUGGUCGUCAAAAGCACGAUUAAAAACGUCGGCGUGAUCACGGCGGUGAUGCUGGUUGUCUCUCUGCUGCUGAUCCCCGACCCCCUCUGCUCAUUGUGGGUGACUUUUUCUAUCGGUUCAGUGACGGCCGGGGUGACUGGUUUCAUGUGGCUUUGGGACGUCAGCCUCGAUUCGAUAUCCAUGAUUGUCUUCACCGUCUGCAUCGGCUUCACCGUCGAUUUCUCCGCUCACGUGUCCUACGCCUUUGUAACGAGUAAAAAAACAAGUCCUGACGACAGGGCCGUGGACGCUCUCUCUAACUUAGGCUAUCCCAUACUACAAGGGGCUUUGUCGACCGUGUUAGGGGUGUCAGUGUUAGCUACGUCUGAGUUUAACACAUUCAGAACAUUUUUUAAGAUGUUCUUUCUGGUCAUGUUUCUCGGGAUGCUGCACGGCCUCAUUUUCAUUCCGGUCAUUCUGACACUUUUGCCAAGGCAACAAAAAGAAGAAGAAAUUAAAGAAAAAACUCAUGAAAUCAGCAAAUUUUGACUUCUAACCCUUGAUGUUCAUUUUUAUGUCAUUUUCCAAAACUAUGGUUUUCAGAAAGAGAUAUUUUUGUAUACAAUCAAAUCAUAAAAGAUGAUUAUUUAAGCCUCAAUAUACAGAUAUAAUAUACAGAUGGAAAUAAAGUUACUGGUUUCAUAUUGAA